UGAAGUUGGUAUAAAAAACAGAACACAAGUUUGCGGACACAAGAAAUCAAUCAUCAUCAUCAGCUAAGUCCUCCAUUUGUCUUCUCUUGACUGAGUAUCUCCCAAUGGCUUUCACUUCGCAUCUUUGCCGUAUCCCCGUCACUCGCAUCGACGCUCCUUCACCGGAAAAAAUCCGCUACCGGAAACUCUUCUCUGUCCGUUGUUCCUCUGACUCCAAUUUCGAUCCAAAGGUUUUCAGGAAAAACCUCACAAGAAGUGAGAAUUAUAACCGUAAAGGCUUUGGUCACAAAGAAGAAACUCUCAAACUCAUGAAUCGCGAGUACACAAGUGAUAUUAUUAAGACUUUGAAGGACAAUGGGUAUGAGUAUACAUGGGGUAAUGUUACUGUGAUGCUAGCUGAAGCCUUUGGCUUUUGUUGGGGGGUUGAGAGGGCUGUUCAAAUUGCUUAUGAGGCCAGAAAACAGUUUCCUGAUGACAAAAUUUGGAUUACCAAUGAAAUCAUCCACAACCCAACUGUUAAUAAGCGGCUAGAAGAGAUGGAAGUGCAGAACAUUCCUAUUGGAGAAGGAAAGAAACAAUUUGAGGUUGUUAACAAGGGCGAUGUAGUCAUAUUGCCUGCUUUUGGAGCUGCAGUGGAUGAGAUGUUGACUUUGAGUGAGAAAAAUGUUCAAAUCGUUGAUACAACUUGUCCAUGGGUUUCAAAGGUAUGGAAUGUUGUCGAAAAGCACAAAAAAGGAGAUUAUACCUCGAUAAUUCAUGGUAAAUAUGCACACGAGGAAACUGUAGCAACUGCAUCUUUUGCUGGAAAGUACAUAAUUGUGAAAAAUAUGGCAGAGGCUGAAUAUGUGUGCGACUAUAUUCUUGGAGGUGAAUUUAAUGGAUCCAGCUCAACCAGAGAGGCAUUUUUCGAGGUACGACUUUUGUCCUGUCUUGUAAACAAUCUUGCUUCCAAAACCCUUCAAUGUCGUGAUUAUUUUAUUUUUCUUGUACAGAAAUUUAAAUUUGCCCUUUCCAAGGGCUUUGAUCCAGACAGUGACCUGAUAAAACUUGGCAUUGCAAAUCAGACAACAAUGCUCAAGGGAGAGACUGAAGAGAUUGGGAAACUAGUGGAGAGGACAAUGAUGCGCAAAUAUGGUGUGGAAAACGCUACUGAGCACUUUAUAAGCUUCAACACAAUUUGUGAUGCUACUCAGGAGCGACAAGAUGCUAUUUACAAGCUGGUGGAGAAAGAUAUGGAUCUUAUGUUAGUUGUUGGUGGCUGGAACUCGAGUAAUACAUCGCAUCUUCAAGAGAUAGCUGAGGAACGCGGAAUUCCUUCUUACUGGAUUGAUAGUGAGCAAAGAAUUGGUCCAGGAAACAGAAUAGCACACAAAUUGAAUCAUGGCGAACUCGUGGAGAAAGAAAACUUUCUACCAAAGGGUCCAUUAAGGAUUGGUGUAACAUCUGGUGCAUCUACACCAGACAAGGUCGUGGAAGACGCACUUAUCAAGGUGUUUGACUUGAAAAGGGAAGAAGCAUUACAACUCGUGUAAAGUAGGUUUGUAUACAUACAUUAUUGAAUGUGUAAAUGACAUGUGAGACUUGAAUUAAAGGCUAUGUUACAGUUACUUGUAGAAUUUAUCAACGUGAAACCUCAAUGUUAAAUUAAAUAAAUUCUUCCAUUUGUAUCAUA